CGGGAUUAUUGGCCGCCUUGGGAUGACGUUUAAUUUAAUGACAGACGACGGGAAGCAAGAAUUCCCUUAAAUGCUAUAUCAUGAGUAAAGUAAAAGGCAGCACCCUGCUCGAUACAGGUGUUGACGAGAAUACAAUGCACAAAUUGAUAUCCUAUCACCCUAUUUUAGCAACUAUUAUUGCUGGAGCCUUAUAUAUACCUAAACCAUUACACCUUCACCUCACCCCUUUUACUGAAAAUGACAACCAAUUUAACACCCCUAUCCUCCCUCCAGGUAACCCGCCAACAAAUCCCUCCCUGGCGCCACAACCCCAACACCUCCAUCCAGCAUAAACCCCUUUCCAUCUACCACGGCGCCUUCAAACCCACCGCCACAGCGUUUGAAAUCAGCCAACAUCUGACAAAAAUCGGCGUUGUUGAGCCCCAAUGGAUCUAUUCCAUGUACCCUUACAGCCACUUGCACACCACAACCCACGAAGUCCUAAGCAUCGUCUCCGGCAAAGCAAAGCUAUGUUUCGGCCAUGAGGACAAUCCAGAGCGUUUCGAGGCCGUUGUUGCAAUCGGAGAUGUCAUCGUUGUCCCCGCUGGACUGGCUCAUAGGUUACUGGAGGAUAUCGAGGGUGGGUUUAAGAUGAUUGGCGCGUAUCCAAGAGGUAAAGAGUGGGACAUGUGCUAUGGGAGUGAAGAGGAGGGGGACAAGUCUGCAGAGAUUAGGAAAGUGAGUUGGUUUGAGAGGGAUCCUCUGUAUGGCGAUCGUGGGCCUGUGCUUGAUAUGUGAAGAGGGUUGAACGGGGUAUUUUUAAUUAUUAAACUAAGUAAUUUAGAAUAAGGGAAAACAAUAAUGAAAUCCAUGCCUGAGAACGCAUGCAAUGUUUGUUGUAUAUACAGGACAAAAGAAAUACACUUGGGGAAGAAAGAAAAAGACCCUUUGUUGCACUCAUCAUUUUUCGCCAUCCCGGAUCCGGCCAAAAAGGGAAAAAUGUGAGAAGGUGAAACUUGAAAUUGAAUGACAAAUGAAGAAGUGAAAAAGAUGAAAUAAGCCAAAAUAAACGUAAUAUAAAAAGGAUCUGAACAAGAAAGAGUGAACCAGAACAAGG